UCCACCUCAGUUUCCCAGCUAAGACUUCCAUUCUUGCAUCGAGAAGUAGAGAGAUGAUAAACGCUUUCAGCUUCAUAUUCAUGUACCAUGUUUUUUUGCUCAUAUUACAUGUUCUACUAUUAGGAUCGAGAUGCAGUGCGAAGAAGAAUCACUUCUGCGCCGCUUCAUCUUGUGGUGAGAUCCCCAACAUAAGUUAUCUUUUUCGACCGAGAAGCGACCCAAAACGCUGCGGCCUCUCUAGGUAUGAGCUAGCUUGUGAAAAUAAUCGCACUGUUCUAUAUCUACAUGCUGGUCGAUAUUAUGUGAAGUCAAUACACUACCGUUACCAUAAUGACAAAAAUAACUUCAGAGGUGACAUAACGGUGGUUGACGAUGGUCUGGAGAAGAGUAAUUGCUCGUCCCUCCCUCGUUACUCUUUGGCAGACACCAACUUCAGUGGAAAUGAUGUCUACUCUCCUUAUUACCAAAACCUAGUGGUCUUCAUAAAGUGCGCACUGCCCAUUGCUUCUACUUCGUAUGUUGAUACCAAGCUGUGUAUCGAUGGUGCAUACUCUGCCGGCAGGCCUCCCAACUUUUCCCAAACGAAGUUGUACUCAUACGCUCUUCAUGGUCAUGGAUCUGAUGCAUUAAGAGCACUGGACAUCCAGGAUACUUGCACUAUAACUAUGAUGGCAUUCGCAUCGGUCCGUAGCUUGGGCAGGGAAAUGGAUCGUGUGAGCUUAUCCUACGAGGAACGCCACGGCAUGAUGACCGAGGGAUUCAAUCUCGCCUAUAUAGAAUUCAAUUCGCCAGUUGGAACGCUUCGAUUUUGCUUCCUGGGUUUCACAUAUCGUCCGGGGAGGUGCAGUUACUAUAACUCCAAUAGUUCUAUGCAGGCGGCACUUGCGCUUUAUGCAGCUCCUUAUGUACCCUUUUUCUUAGCGCAAAUCAUCGCAGCAAAAUCCAUACUCGGAGCUCCGUGUGUGUUGAUAUUUUUAAUCUAUAAGUGGAUGAGAAGGCACCGAUCAAUGGACGGAAAGAUUGAAGAAUUCCUUCAAGCUCAUAACAACUUUUUUCCCAUAAGAUACUCUUACUCGGAUAUCAAGAAAAUCACGAAAAAUUUCAAACACAAAAUAGGGGAAGGAGGAUAUGGCUCUGUGUACAAAGGUAUACUUAGAAGUGGUAAUGAAGUUGCUGUUAAGAUUUUGAAUAGACCAAAAUCUAAUGGCCAAGAUUUCAUAAGCGAAGUGGCUACUAUUGGAAGGAUCCACCAUGUAAACGUGGUCGAACUUGUUGGUUUUUGCUUUAACAACUCUAAACAAGCUCUCGUGUAUGAUUUCAUGUCAAAUGGAUCUUUGGAUAAGCACAUUUUCUUUAAAGAUGACGACGAUUCUCUUGAUUAUAAGAAAAUAUAUGAGAUCUCUCUUGGUGUAGCUAGGGGAAUAGAAUAUUUACAUCGGGGAUGCGAUAUGCAAAUUCUACAUUUUGACAUCAAGCCUCACAAUAUUCUUCUAGAUCAACAUUUUACCCCGAAAGUUUCUGAUUUUGGGCUUGCAAGACUUUAUCCUGCGGACCACAGUAUUGUGUCAUUAACUGCUGCAAGAGGAACAUUGGGAUAUAUGGCUCCUAAGCUAUUCUACAAGUACAUUGGUGGUGUCUCGUAUAAAGCUGAUGUUUAUAGUUUUGGGAUGUUGCUAAUGGAAAUGGCAAGUAGGAGGAAAAAUGCAAAGAAUGUUGAGCGUUCAAGUCAAACUUAUUUCCCUUUGUGGGUCUAUGAUCAACUCAGCAAAGAGAGCGAGAUUGAAAUGGAAGAAGUAGAAGGGGAAAGGGAGCUAAUUAGAAAGAUGGUAAUAGUUGCCCUUUGGUGUAUACAAUUAAUCCCCGACAAUUGGCCAUCAAUGAUUAAAGUCCUAAACAUGCUUGAAGGAGAUAUUGAUAAAUUGCAACCGCCUCCGAAACCUCUUCUGUAUCCAUCUGAGAAGCCAUUUGAUGAUGUCAACGAUGAAACAGAACUUCAAUCAUUCUCAACCACAUCAAGUGCUCCAAUAACUUCUGAAGGAUUCCAAUUUCAGAAUAGCAAUGAGAUAACAAUAGCGGUGAAUGUAUGAUUUUCUUUUCUUCCAUGUAAUUCGUGAAUCGUAUGUGAUUUUUUUAGCGUUUGUAGCA